AUGUCCGAAGAAAUUAGGCUCAACGACUCCAAACUUGGAACCAAGGAAUAUUGGGAUGAAUUCUACAAAAAAGAGAUUGAAAAUUUUAACGAGAACGAUGAGGAUACCGGAGAGAAUUGGUUCGAUGACUCUGACGCUGAAAGGCGAGUUAUAAAAUUCUUUAUCGACUUAAUUGAAGCAGAUCAUUUCGGGGAUGCAAAGGAGCUUAGCAUAUUGGAUCUCGGCACGGGAAACGGCCAUUUCCUCUUUGAACUCAAUCAAGAGGUCUGUGAUCAAGAUGUUGCAGUCUCCUUGUUGAAUACUGGUAUUGACUAUUCACCACAAUCUAUUAACUUUGCUAAAACUAUAGCAGAAAAGAAGUACUCAGACAAGUCAUACAACUUCGAGGAGGUUAAUUUUAUAAGUAGGGACUGCAAGUAUCUCGAGGAGAAUGCUGGCAAGUUUGACGUGAUCUUCGAUAAGGGUACCCUCGACGCAAUAGCUCUCAAUAAUGAUCCAGUGAAAGGCUUCAAUGGAAAAAUAGGCGUCGAAGUGUACCCUCUCCAAGUUAUCAAGUUGAUGAAGCCCGGAUCCCUUCUCAUCAUCACCUCAUGCAAUUUCACCGAAGAUGAGCUUACAAGAGUCAUCACUCUGAGCCAAGACCGCUUGAGCGUUCAACAAAAAGUUGAGUACCCCUCAUUCCAGUUCGGGGGUCACAAGGGCUCGGCAAUCUGUACCAUAGCGUUUGUAAAAAAGUAA